AUGUCCGAUGAAAGUUACACGGCAGUGUCUCGUCUUGAUAAACAGCCAGAAAAUUCGAAGAGAGCGAUAUUACCUGGACAGUUGGAAAUUUCUGCUUAUGAAGAAGAAAGCGAACAGCCAUUCACUUGUAAUUCAGAGAGAGAUGAAUCAGCUCCCUCGACAAGUAGAUUGAGUAUAUCCAGACUUAAUAAUUACACGCCACAGAAGGCCGAGGUAAAUAUGCGCAACCAUAUUACGACAAUGACACCAUCGGGAACGGAUGCAAGUGAAAAUGUCGUGAUGGGAGAUGAAAAAAAUGGUCCCUCUUCGACGCGAUUGUCGUUUAAGCGAAUAAGCUCUGGAAAUGAUCAGCCUCGGCUUUCGAGAGUUCAUCCAGUUUUUUCGGAUAGCAUCUUCAGCGACGCACCAGAGAGCGAUACCAGCCUCGAUACUAAUCUGGAAACAGUAGUGAAAACCAGAAUGACAGUGCAGAAAAUUUAUGUAUCGUCAAAAAAUCUUCAGGCUGUGAAACCCGCUCGAAAGACACAGCACACAGGUGAUCCUACCAUUUAUCACAUGGUCUACUUUCGCACAAAAAAAGAGAUCGAAUAUUUGUUUUUCUUGCCUCCAGUGUCACUCUGGGGUCGGCGACUCAACAUCGCCAUUUUUGUUCUCAUUCUAUCAGGGAUUGCAGCUCUUGCCAUGCAAACAUGUGAUGGGCCAAACUUUGGAAGUACAGAUCCGGGGUACCCUUACUUGCCAUCCAAGGAAUUUCACGUUGUUUGCGACAAUUUUUUCACGGGAGUUUACACCCUGGAGUUUCUUGGACGUAUCUUUAAGACAAGAAAAAUCCGAAGUCUGGUCAGAGAUCCAUGUAUGUGGUUUGAUUUGAUUGGAUUGUCACCAUGGUAUAUUUCACAAUUGCUGAAAGCUCUUGGAGCUGAAGGGUUCGAUUCGAAAGUGAAUUUACUCCGACUUGUUCGUACCAUUCGACUGGCUUCCAUAUUGCGUCAUUACGAGCAGACAGAGAUUAUUUAUCAAGCUAUCAAGGCUAGUUUGCGUCCUUUAAGCAUCACUAUGUUUUUUCUCUUUACCUUGGUUAUGGUGUUGGCCACAGCCAUUUAUUACGCUGAGCCCUGUUUUAAUGUUGAGACUUGCACAUUUACUGACAUAUUCAACGCUGCAUACUUUGUCAUGGUCACGGUUGCAACUGUCGGCUACGGCAACCAAGUGCCAUCCUUGAAAAAUCCGGGGUCACUGAUACUUACAAUGAUUGCCAUGAUUCUUGGGCAGAUUUAUUUUUCCAUGCCUGUGGCAAUCAUUGGGAACAACUUCCAGCUGACAUACGAAAGCUUUCAGCUGACCAAAAAGAAAAAGAAAGCUCGAUUUCUUGAUGCAUCACUCGUUCCUUUUAAUUCUCAAACAUUCCACACUCACGCAAAGCGACUUUGUGAUAUUCAGUACCAAAUAUUGAAUGUUUGGUCUGGUACACACAGCAAUAUUCUCGAAAUCACGCGUAUAGCCUCCCGAUCCAUUACAUUGACUGUAAAUUUGCUGGAGCUCGAAAGGAAUUACCUGGAAACAAUUAAGGAGGGUACUAACCGUUUGCUAGAGGCCCACUCAGAAGCUAUUCAGUUGCUGCGAUUAUUUAUUCCUCGACAGAGAACAACCUUCAACACAGACCUGACUUCUGAUGGUCACGGUGUGCUGGGAAAGAUGUAUGUAACGGCAAAGAGAGCUAUGACAAAGGCGAGGGUACUCUCGGCCCAUCAUCCAGUCAUUUUGGACCCAAGUACCGCUUCACAAACGUUUCGAGGACGGAUUUGGUUGCUUCUCGAAGUACCAGAUUCGUCACGUUUUGCUAGCGUAGUGAAUCAAACGAUCAUUGCAGUCGCCCUAUUCAGUACCAUGUUAUUUUUUUCACAAUCCCUUCGUGAGCUAGCAGCUAGUGGUGUGGAAACCCGCGGCUGCAAAGCCGUUGCUAAAAGUUACUGCCGGGACACUGGGGUGAAUGCUAUGGACCCUGCCUGUUUUUUGCGCUCUAAUAAUGGAUCAAGUGAUUUCACUCAACAAAUUAGUUUCUCCUGCUUCCGUGAAACUGAGUCCAGGACUUGCUAUGGAAAUGGUUUAAAUUUCGGCUCUUUGGAUUCAUCCGCACUGGCGUGUGUUGAUGUUUUUUUUUCAGCGGGUGUUAAUAGUGUGUGUUAUCGCCCACAAUGUCGGGCGACAUAUCGCAUGAUCUUUGACAUGGGGCCAUAUUGGAUAUUCUUUGAAUGGUGGCUUGGUGUUGUGUUUACAUUAGAGCUGGUACUUCGAUUUUAUGUAUCGCCUAACUGGAAACAAUUUUGGAGAAAUGUCUACGUCAUUUUUGAUGUCGUUGCAAUCAUACCGUUUAUCAGUGAGGUGUUUGAACUGAUUGUCACGCGUAUACAGCCAGACUUCGCCAUUGUUGCCGCAGGACCGUCCUUUUCUUCAACUAUUCGUAUGCUUAAGAUUUUGCGCAUCCUCAAGCUUACAAGGCAUUUCCGUGGCACAAAAUUAUUAGUGUAUACGGCGAUGCGAAUUUGGAAACCUCUCGUCAUUCCGCUCUUUUUCCUAUUUACAGGAUGUAUCAUAGCUGGCGCGUUAUUUUACGAGAUUGAACGUGGCAAGGAAUGUUUUGUUGGGGAAAUUUGUAUGUGGUGGGACGAAAACGUUCUCACACCCGAGCUGGCAUAUGGACUUCCACUUGGGAAGCGAAUUUUGAUUCAAGAUCGUUUAAAAUCGACAAUCAUUGACAUGAUUCACUCAACUUGGCUCUCGUAUACUACAUUGACAUCGGUCGGUUAUGGCGAUCUCGUGCCACGAACUUCGAUUGGCAAGUUCUUUGACAUAUUUGUCAUCAUCGUUGCUACUAUUUACUCAGCGAUGCCAUUAUCGCUGGUUGGCAAACAAUUUUACGCCUUAUACGAAAAACACAUGGAGAAAAUGAUUGUCAAACAGGGUGGUUCGUCGGUGUCAUGGCAUACAAACAACACGAUGACCAUCUUGUCGCAACAAAAGCAAGUAACAAAGCCUCCCGCAGCUCGCGAACCUGAACCUUUUGCGCUGUCACCGGAGCAUUUGGUGAUUGUCCAUGAGUUCGAGAGCAUGAAGCUCACAAUUUUAAAUUUUCAACGCACAUUGGAAAAAACAUUUAAAUCCUCGGACGACAUUUUAGGUAGCAGCUCGACUUCCAAAGGCUGUAAGAUUUUGAUUACAUCCAGACGCUCCAUGGCUUCAGGGCCACGAAAUUCAGUGCGAAUUGAUCAGACGAUGGAGCUCAAGAGCAUUGCCAUUAUGGACACGCUGAUGCGGUUUUCACAGGUCGUUGAAAAGCUUCAGGAAGCGCCGGUCGACUUUGAGGCUUCUGAAGAACACGACACUUUUCACAGCGAUAUGUUUUCUCAGUCACAUUCACUUGACGAGGCCACGAUAACUUAG